UCCUUUGUGGAAUAUUCCAGCCUUAAUUCUUUCCAGUCUGAAUUUGCGUAAUGCUGGCCCAACCCACUAGGGAGUGGGGAAGGCCUAAAAAUAACCCUGUAAACAGCUUUGUAACCCUUCACCUAUGAGACUGGUGGACGAAGACAUACAUAUAACACAUAAAACCGAGAUAAGUAGGCAUAUACGUGUUAUUUAACGCUCUUCUGCAUUGUUGUGGGCCUACGUGUUUGCAUCCAAUGUCAGAGGGAAUUUAACUCGUGGCCUGAAAAGGCAUUAUGGAAUGCAGCUGAACUAGAAAAACAGGCCUCCAAUGGAAAAGGAAACUGUUUGGAAAACAAAGUAAUAAAUAGCGUCGUGCCGAUUAGAGGCAGUUUGAAGUGGUAACGAUUUAGUUUUGAUCUUACCGUAACGGUCACUUAAAGCCACGUCUACACAAUUGGCAUUUUGUUUUGGAAAAGACAUACAGAUCAACAGCUAAAUAAAAUGACGUGGCCCGCGGUUUAUGGGGUCGACGCCACGGGAAGCAAACAAAGAUUGCGCAAUAACGUUAGGCUCCACAAAAUGUUCAGGUUAAGAAUAGGCCUACAUCGCAGGAAGAAUUAAAUGACACACACUAUCCCCAGUUUCCCAGUCUUCGUUUUCCCUUAGUGAAUUGGAUAAAUUACUUCCUUCUUGGGUGUUGCGUAUCCGUGGCUUGUCAACACCAAAAUCUAUUCGAACAACGUCCUUGAAUAGACAGCCACAGAUGCAAGGAAGACGCAGGACCACGGAUCUCUUUCAGUGUCCUGAGGAAAAAUAUCUGCGUUCUUUUAACGUUGUUUUAUAUGACCUUAUAUGGCAGUGGGGUGCAGCUUGCGAGCUCGCGUGGCAACUGUCUGUCGUUGCUGCCAAAACCAGUUUGGACCGGUCAGCCGCCCGCAGCUGCCUCAAGUCGACGAGACGGAGUAUGCCUAAUGUUGCCUUUCUACACAGACAUCGAAAUGAUUUCUUUCUCUGUUUUUCUAUUUAGAAGUCUAUCCCAUACAUGAGUUAUAAAAUGGAAGCUAUGUUUUUCUCUACGAUCCUACGAACUGAGUGGCUCGUAGGACACAUUACUGUCCUGGAAAGAUCGAGCCUCACCCAGUGAUGGCGCAGGAACUUUUCCAGCACAGUGUUCUCCUUUGUGUGAAGGAGCCAUUUUGAAACGCAGAGAACACACUGAACAAAUGUAGACUAAAGGGUUUCUGUGGACAAAGGAAGCCAUGCAGUGAAAUAUACAAGAUGUUUCACAUCCCAUAAGGGUUUAGCUCGAAUAAGAUUCUCUUCUGGAUUACAUGUUUUGAAAACCUAACUGAGAUGAAUUCCCACCAUUUCCUUAUGCCAUUGCUAGAGGAUCCGAAGAUGGAAUUGAGAGCAUUUCUUCUGACCCUGUACUUAGGCCUGUUAACUGCUUUUCCCCAAAAUGAAAAGGAUUCCUGAGCCUUGCCUCUAAUAGCUGAAUGCUGAGAUGGUGCUUCAUUCUGAUUGGCCGUCGGAGCUUCCACUGUUAACCAGCCAAUUGCCCAAGCACUGCAAAAUAUCAAGCAAUGACAAACAACCCCCCAUUCUGGGAAUAUCCUUGCGUCCAAAUCCAAAGUGGUUAACCUGCCAUAAUUUCACGUUUCCGUGGUGAAUUGUAAAAUGGGAUAGAAUAGAUUGGAUCUUUGACAUUUGAUUAUAUUUAGAAGGGUCGACUAAACCUUUUACAAAAAAGCUAAUAUUUAAAGAUAGGCGAUUUGAUUGUGGCCCUUUCGCAAAAUCGUAUUUACACGUAAUCACUUAGCAUUUAGAGAAAAAAUAAUUAGGCAGUACGUAUUCCCAAGGCUCAGGUAUUCCGUUCAGUGCCAUGCUCCUCGAGUCAAUGCAUCCCCCUAAAUAGAAGGGCGACUAUGUCAACUUUAAUGUAAAAGCUUGUAAAUAUGAAAUAAUGCGGGGGUUAUACCGUGUUCUCGGGCAUAAUACUUGUGUUAGCCUACUAUAAAACAGGUUUACUAAAUAUUGCCCCCUGUAUCUAGCUUGUUUGCCAUUUGAGUAAAUGCAAUCGGCAGAUUCAACACCAACAAUCAAUUUGAGAUUUGAGGCCCAAAAAAUAUAUUAAGUCGACAUACAUGUUGGAUUUAUGCGUGAAAAUAAAAUGUCUAAACCAAUAUUACACAUCGACUUCCUUGGAUGCUAUGGCAACCAUAAAUAACGGAUAGAAAUUAGGCUAAGUUUUUUGACGAAAGUGUGGCUAAUACAGGAGGUGGGCAAGCUCAGCGGUGUAUUGUGGGAGAGACAGAAGCUACCGACUAGAGGCACAAUAUGUGUUGGCUCUCGCCUAAAAGGAGCCAGUAUUCCUCAAGCUAAAUCAUGUAAUGUAAGCCACGAAAGGAAAGCAAUAUUGUUUUUUUACCAAUAGAAAGCAUUUAUUCGGACAAAUCAUGUCCAAGCCAGGGGAAAGAAACAGACUGAACGAGGAUCAUGGUAGAAAGCAGAGUUCAAGUCUGGCGAACGGCAUGGAUCAUCCCGUGUGCAGUUCGGGGGAGAAGCGAAGUCACCAUUGGAGGAGUUACAAGUUGAUUAUUGACCCAGCAUUGAAGAAGGGACAACACAAACUAUAUCGUUACGAUGGACAGACCUUCAACAUGCCCAAUUCUGGGAUGCUGCCACUGGAAUCAGUCCGGGACCCGAGGAUCGGUCGUCUAUGGACGAAAUACAAAGAAACGGACCUCCCGGUCCCAACGUUUAAGAUCGAUGAAUGUUACAUCGGUCGCGUGCCUCCAAAGGAGGUGACAUUUGCGAGGCUGAAUGACAACAUACGGGAGCCGUUUCUCACCGAGAUGUGCAAGAAAUACGGUGACCUCGAAGAAGUAGACAUUUUAUACAAUCCCAAAAAUAAAAAGCAUCUGGGGAUCGCCAAAGUUGUUUUUGAGAACGUGAAAGCAGCCAAGCUGGCUGUUCAGACUCUUCACAACACAUCUGUCAUGGGCAACAUUAUCCACGUGGAGCUAGACCCGAAAGGUGAAAAUCGUCUUCGGUAUUUCCAGCUCCUACUGAACGGCAGCUACACGCCCUUGACACUACCUGUUGGUGUGGAGGAUGGCAGCGAUGUCUCCCCUCACAGUCUCGCUGAAGCCCUACUGAACUGUGAACCGAGUCGCCGGCUGUCGGAGAGCGGAGCCUCGGGGACGACGGGGGGAACAGCGGCCGGCAGCGCCGCCGCCGCCGCCGCCAACAGCAGCAGCACGCCGCUCUCCAUGGACACGGCGUACUCCAGCCUGAGGCAGGAGACGCCCCAGUCCCAGGGGACCCCCCACACGCCGCGCCAGUCGGGCACGCCCUUCUCCCAGGACUCCAACUACUCCAGCCGGACGUCCACCCCCGCCUACCAGGCCAGCCGCACGGAGAGCUCCGGCAGGUCGCGCCGCCACGAGAGCAAGUUCCAGGACGCCUACAACCGCCGGCCCGAGAAGCCGCAGUACCGCAGCAACACGUACCGGGUCACCACCCCGUCGUCCUCGGAGCCGGCGUCCUACAAGACGCACCAAGUGACGCCCCCAGAGCCCCCGGCCCCCGCCUCCCCCUUCCCCUACACGCCCCCUCCUCCGCCGGCUGUGGCCAGCUUCAAAUCGUCCUACCCCGCCUACCAGGCGCCGCCGCCGCCCGCCUUCCCGCCCGCCAACGAGUCCUCGUUUCACCACCCGGGCCAGCGGGACGGCGAGUACAUCCGGCCGCCGCAGCCCCCGCCGGUCGCCCCCACCACGCCGUCCACCGACAAGAACCGGCCGGAGACGCCGCCCCCCGUCCCCCCGCCGGAGCCGGGCCCCCCGCCCAGCACACCGCCGUUGCCGCGGACCCCCGAGCGCCGGCCCUCGCCCGGCAACCCCACGCUGGACGCCGAGCGCAACAGCCUGGACUCCCGCAUCGAGAUGCUCCUCAAGGAGAAGCGGACGAAGCUGCCCUUCCUGGCGGAGCGCGACUCGGACACGGAGGUGCGGAUGGAGGGCAGCCCCAUCUCCUCCUCAUCCUCCCAGCUGUCCCCCGUGCCCCCGUACACGGGCGCGUCGUCGUGUCAGGCCGGCCCGCGGACCUCGCGGCCCCCCAGCACGGGGCUGGAGGACGUCAGCCCCACGCCGCUGCCCGAGUCGGACGACGAGGAGCCCGUUCUCGGCUCCGCCCCCCUGCUCAAGAGGCCGUGCUCUCCGGUCCCGGAGAUGACCAACGACCUGAAGGAGGGCCCCUUUGGGAACCACACCCCCACGGAAAACACAGACCUGGGUAACCACUCCUCGGGGGAGGACAUGGAGAUCUCCGAGGACGAGAUGCCGGGCGGCUCGCCGCUCGACAGCAGCGAGUGCGCGAAGGGCAUCGUGGUGAACUCGGCCGUGUCGCCCAUGCACCCGGGCCACUCCAUGUUCCCCAUUCACCAGUCGGCCUUCGCCCUCCAACACGCCCACCUGGCCCUCCCCGGGGCCCACCCGCACCUGGCCGGGGUCCCGCACCACAUGCUGCCGCACAUGGGCCCCUACCCGCCGGGCAUGAUGCCCCUGAUGCAGAUGGACCUGAUGAACUGCCUGCCGCAGUGGGGCAGCGUGCACAUGUCCUUCCAGAUGCAGACCCAGAUGCUGAGCCGCAUGUCGCAGACGGGCGGCGGGCCCUACCCCUACCCGCACUACAUGGGCGGCGGCGCCUCGGUGCCCUUCGGGGGGCCCUACGCCCCCGUCUCCAUAGGGGCCACGCCGGCGGGGAGCCCCGGGCAGCCCUGGCCCCAGCCCAGCAUCCCCAAGUUCAACCCGGCCGUGCCCCCGCCCGGCUACGAGGACCAGAAGGAGGACCCCCACAAGGCCACGGUGGACGGCGUGCUGCUGGUCAUCGUCAAGGAGCUGAAGGCCAUCAUGAAGAGGGACCUCAACCGCAAGAUGGUGGAGGUGGUGGCGUUCCGGGCCUUCGACGACUGGUGGGACAAGAAGGAGCGCUCAGCCAAGGCGUCCCUGACCCCCGUGAAGGCCGGCGAGGGCAAGGAGGAGGAGAGGCCCAAACCCAAGGAGCCCAUCGGCUCCAGCCUGCUGGAGAACUGGAACAAGGGCGAGGCGUUGAGCUACGAGGGCAUGGGCAUGGGGAUCUGCCUGCGGGGGGCCAUCCGCCUGCCCUCCUUCAAGGUGAAGCGGAAGCCCGAUCCCAUCGCUUCAGGGGACAACAAGCGCGUGCGGCCGUCCACCCCUGUGGACGACGAGCUGGAGGAUGAAGACCGGGACAGAGACCCCGCGGAGCUCCCCUCGGAAGACUCCAAGAUGGACGCGGAGGGAAUCGCGGCAAAGCGGCGGCCCUCCAGACCCCUGAAACUGGACAGCGAGGGCGAGGAGCAGGUGGAGACGUCGGAGAAGGAGGAGUCUCUGUCGGACCGGGAGGAGGACUUGGAUGAAGCCAAGGCCACGCAAAGGCUAUCGUCAGACAAGGAGAGUGCCGAGGAGGAGGAGGAGGAGGACGAAGAGGCCGAGUCGUCCAGUGACAGUGACUCCACAGACUCGUCCGACGACGAGGUGGAGAGCUCGGCGUCGUCCAAGGCCAGCUACGACUCGUCGGCGGCCAGCGGCGACUCGUCCGAGUACGAGUCGAGCUCGGGCGAGGAGCAGGAGGCCGAGGAGAAGGAGGAGCUGGUGGCCGACGCCGACGACGGGGACAAGGAGCUCCAGGUGCGGUCCUCGUCGUCGUCCUCUUCCUCCUCCUCGUCUUCCUCCUCCGACGAGGAGGCGGCGGUGGCGGAGGUGGAGGUGGUGUCGGAGGCCCGGCGGCCGCGGACCCCCACGGGCCCCUGUCCCGAGGACGACUCCGGCAAUGACGCCAGCCCCGCGGAGGAGCUGAGGAUCAAGUCUAAACGGAGACCCCCUAGCCCCAAGGACGACGUACCCCCCCCUGGGCCGCCCAGCCCGGACCGCCUCAGGCCACCCUCACCCAAACACAUACCAGCAGAGGCGCCCGAUGCGGAGGCCAAAGGCGCCGCUCCGACGCCCAAGUGCCGCCCCCCCCAGGACUACGUCCUCCGACCCCCGACCCCCACGGGCUCCCUCAGCGAGAGCGACAACGACGUUCAAGGCAAGCCUCAGACGGCGGCGGGCACCCCCUGUAGAAAGACCCCCCCGCCCGCCCUAAAGACAGACCCCCCGCCCCCAAAACCCCACCCCGCCGCCCUCAUGCACCUCCCCCUCCCGCCCCACCCGGCGCUAGAAGGCCGCCUCCCCCCGCUGCCUCCCCCUCCCCCGGCGGGCCCCGCGCCGCACGACGUCUCCCGCUGGCCCCGCACGUCCACGGACGACGAGGAGUUCCCCCGCACCCCGGGCCGGGACCCCCCGGGGGGCCGCGCCCGAGGCCCGCUCCAGUCGCAGAGCAGCGACGUGGUGCCGGUCACGCCCGGUGGCGACGCCCCGCUGACGGGCGGCAGCCUCCUGCUCAGCUCCCCCCACGUCCUCGGCAGUCCCUUCUCCUACCCCGCCCAGUCCCCCGUCCCGGGCUCGGGGAUCCCCCGCACGCCGGGCCGUGACCUCACCUUCACGCCCGUCUUCCCAGAGCCCGCCCCCCUCCACAGGAAGCCCUCGUCGGAGAGCCGGGACGAGCGGCCGCUCUUCAAGGAGCCGCCCUUCACGGCGCCGGCCCCCCUGCCGUCCACCCCGACGCCGCUGCCGCCGCCGCCCGCCCUGUCCACCUCGGCGGAGGACUCGGCCGAGCUCUCGGAGGACCCGCCCCUGGCGGAGGUCCCCGCCACGCCCGACCUCCUGGCCUCCAGCAAGAGGAAGCUCGGCCGGCCCAAGAACAAGAAGUUCCCCUCGGAGCCGAUGCCGCCCGCCGAGUCGCCGGACCCCUCGUCCCUCCUGCCGGACCCCCACGCGAGGUCGCUGCUCCCCGACGCGGCGUUGCCCCCGAAGCGCCCCGAGGCGUCGGACCACCGCGGCCUGGACUUCCGGGAAGAGAAGACGGUCAAGGCGGAGGCGUGCCUCGACGACGACGACGGCUUCCCGCCCUACCGGCUGUCGUCGGUGCAGCCGGCGCGGCGGGCGCGGCGCCGCUGGGAGGAGCUGCUGCUGGACAGCCUGUCGCCCGCCGCCACGCCCUCGCGGCCCUGCUUCGCGCUGCGCAGCGACUUCGAGGAGGUGACCAUCCUGUACGACAUCUGGAACGACGGCAUCGACGAGGAGGACAUCCGCCUGCUGCAGGUCACCUACGACAAGAUGCUGCAGCAGGACGACUGCAACGUGUGGCUGAACGACACGCUGUGGGUCAACCACCCUCCUACCAACGUGCCGGCGGUGAAGCGCAAGCGGCGCGACGACGGCAUGCGUGACCACUCCACCGGCUGCGCCCGCAGCGAGGGCUACUACAAGAUCGAGAGGAAGGACAAGAUCAAGUACCUGCAGAGCACGCGGUUGCUGUCGGAGGAGCCCCCCGCCGACACCCAGGGGAUGAGCAUUCCUGCCCAGGUCCACGUGUCCACCAGAUCAGGCUCAGAGCGGCGCUCGGAACAGCGGCGCCUGCUCUCUUCGUUCGCUUGUGACAGCGACCUGCUCAAGUUCAACCAGCUUAAGUUCCGCAAGAAGAAGAUCCGGUUCUGUCGGUCGGGCAUCCACGACUGGGGUCUGUUUGCUCUGGAGCCCAUCGCCGCCGACGAGAUGGUCAUCGAAUACGUCGGCCAGAACAUCCGACAGGUGAUCGCGGACAUGCGGGAGAAGCGCUAUGAGGAAGAGGGGAUCGGCAGCAGCUACAUGUUCCGCGUGGACCACGACACCAUCAUCGACGCCACCAAGUGCGGCAACUUCGCCCGCUUCAUCAACCACAGCUGCAACCCCAACUGCUACGCCAAGGUGAUCACGGUGGAGGCCCAGAAGAAGAUCGUCAUCUACUCGCGGCAGCCCAUCAACGUCAACGAGGAGAUCACCUACGACUACAAGUUCCCCAUAGAGGACGAGAAGAUCCCCUGUCUGUGUGGGGCGGAGAACUGCAGGGGAACCCUCAACUGAUCCCUCGCUGUCCAUUUCUACGGACAAGGACGUCUUGAGAAAGAAAAGAGAGAACCCA